AUGACUCGGAUGUUUCCAACUGCCCCUGCCUUGGGGCAUGUGGGCCCCAACCGGCUUCCCUCACUCACGCUGCCCGUCCAGCCCCUGGAGGCCUCCUGCGCGGCCCUCCUGACAGAGGACCUGGAGGUGGCCCAGAGGGUGAAGUGGCAGGAUGUCCACAACGUACUCGCAGAUGGUUCUGGAAAAAUAAUAAAAGAAGAGAAAAGGAGAGAGAGACACAAAAGCAGCCAAUUCCCGACAAGGUGGGACCCAAGGGAAGGGCGUACUGCUGUGCAGUGUGCUAUUUGUGUCAGCUUUUUAGUAGGUCUGGCAUUUUUUCAAAAUAAAAAGGGAGAGAGGAGAGGAGAGGAAGGAGAGCUGAACGAGCCUGCUCUUCCGGGGCCCCUUCCGGUCUUGAGUCUCGGGCCCGGUGUCAGUGUGCCAGCCACGGGCCGUGACGCCACGCCACAGACUGGGUGGCUCAAACAAUCACAAGCUGAUCUUCUCACACUUCUGAAGGCCGAAGGUCUAGACGUCAGCAGGUGUGGUUUCUUCCGAGGCCUCUCCUUGGCUUGCCAACAGCUUUCCUGGUGUGUCCUCACAGGUUCUCCCUCCGUGCAUGCGCCCACGUGUCUUUCUUCUAGAAGGACACCCGUUCGACCGCAUCGGGGCCCAUCCGAAGAGCAUGGUUUUAACUUCAUCCCCUCUGUAAAGGCUCAUCUCCAAAGACAAUCACGUUGGAAGUUUGAAGACGGGGACACUGAGGCAGCCAAGAGUUGGCUGAGCUGGGCAGAAGGAAAUGGUGGGGUCACUCAGUGGGGCCGAGGACCCUCCCAGGCCGCCGCAGCCGUCCCCACGCUGCCCACGACGCUGGGAGGGGCCGAGUUACCUGCUCCAGGUCACCUGCUCAGAAUCCAGAAUGGUGGCAUUGGGACAGGACUUCAGGAAUCAUCCAGUUUUCUCACCUGGGCUCACCCAGGGACCUGCUCUCCCCCAGUCCUAAGUGAUGGAUCUCCUGCAGACCUAGUUCAAUAGUGGCCCAGAAGGGGCCGGCUCUGUGAAGAGAGGAGUCAGCAGUGACAAGUUCUGGAAGAGCGCCGUAGGCAUGCAAGCAGGGAAGUAGUUUGUGUGCCGGGCAUGGCUCUCAGGUUGCGUGUGCACCAAGUGCUAUGACAGCUUUGGAGGAGGAGGGCAGAGUUCAACUCACUCCCAGGUUUGGGUCCCAGUUUCCUGCUUUAUGUGUGACCCCGGGAACGCCACGUCAUCACCCCCUGCCUCAGUUUCCCCAUCUGUAAAAUGGUAGUGAUCUACCCCGGAGAAUAGUUGUAGGGAGGAACCAUAAACACAAUACAGUCUCUAACACUUAGUAGGUGCUCCAAAAAAAAAAAGGUCCUAAUUGUACAUAUAGAGUGAGAAUUAGGACGCAGGCUGUCAGCGCAGGGUCCCCUGGGGUGAGGUGACGUCUAGGGAGCGCAGGCUCCCAGCACGGGGAGGAGGGGACAGCAGGCAGGGUCUGGGGCUCGUAAGUCCCGGCCGUUGCCCACUAGCCUCCCAGCUUUCUGGACCUUUCAGAAUCCCAAGGUGCGCAAGUCCCGUCCUGCCAUGGGGGCCUCUGGAAGGGACGAAAUCACACAGCCGCUCAGAUUUCCACAGGAGGUUUGCUUUUUUUUUUUUUUUUUAAGCGUCCUGUUUUAAAUUGCUUUGUUUUCUUUGGGUCAUAUGACCGCUCCCCCUCCGCCCCCGCUGGCCCGGGGCGGGCGCGGCGCGGGUGUUGCAACGUCUGGCCGAAUGUGGGGAUCAGCUGCUGACCGCCACCACGUGACCCGCCGCUGGGAUA